CUAUUAGAAUAAUUGCAAUUAUCGUACAACUUAAUCAAUCGGGCGACUACAUUUUAUCUUGAUUUCGGUAUAUUUAGAACACUAGUAAAAAAAUUGAAUAAAGAUGUAGCUUAUAAUUCGAUACCAAUCUGUCAAUUCAUAUUUCUAUGAUCAGUUUCCGUGCAUUCCGUGCAUUUAAGUAGUGUUUUGUUUUAGUAAAAUUUCACUGUUCAACCAUAUCAAUUUCAAAAUAUUCGCCAUUUCCCAAGGCAAUUUAACCUAAAUAUACAAUAAUCAUCCAUGUAUUUCAUGUUUCAACAAAAGUUCAAAAAGAUAUUUUUCCCAUUUUUUAAUAAUUCAUCAAAUAAAAUGGGGGAUUAUAGUGCAGACUGGGAUAGUCCAGACUACACGUAUGACGACGUAGAUGAUUUAGGUUCCAGCAAAUCAAAAAUUAUGCCUGCAACACGAGAGCUUGUCAACGAACUCAUCGCUUCUGACAGCGUCGUAAUAUUCUCGAAGACCUACUGCCCCUACUGUACAAUGGCUAAAGAGGUAUUCGAUAAGCUGAAACAUAAAUAUACAGCGAUUGAACUUGACUCACGGGAUGAUGGCGAUGAAAUUCAAUCUAUUCUUAGUGAAUUGACGGGUGCUAGGACUGUGCCUAGAGUUUUUGUUAAAGGUGAAUGUUUGGGGGGAGGCACUGACGUUAAGAAAAUGUUUGAAAGUGGGGAGCUUUCAAUGAAACUAAGUCAUUAAUAUCAUUGAUAUCGUAUAAUAUUUACAUGUACAGAAAAUUAAUGAUUCAUUAUGUUGAUUGCUCGAAUAUAUCAAUUCAAUCCAUGUCAACAAUAAUAAAAGAAGGUUUUCAUUUGA